GUUUCGACCACAAUGAGCGAUGACCCCUAUGCGGACCUCCCGAGCGCGACGACGCCCGUACCCGCGAAGCGCCCGCUGGUAGGAGGCGACGAGCCUAGCCAGCCCGCUGCAAAGCGCGCCGCGAUCGAGCCAACACCAUCGCCGCCAUCGCCCAAGCCGGCGGCCAAGCCAGCGCUCGACCUCUUCCAGACCAUCGACAAGAUCAAGGGCUACAUGAUGGUCGACAAGAAGUUUGCCAAGGCCUCGGUCCUCUUUGGAAAGCUUCUCGUCGAAGAGUGCAGCGUGCGCUCGCCGUCGGACGAGGUCAUGACCGCGCUACUGGACGCGAUCAAGGACGUCAUGGACGCCAAGGCCGAUCGCAUCCACCACGUUGACGCGCGGAACGAAUUCAAGGCGCUCGUACUGCUCGUGGAUGCGCAUCGCGCUGCGCUGCUUACGGCGCCUGAAUACGAGGCCGACACGCUCGACAAUUGGGUGCUCGACGCGGUCUUGCACAACGACCUCUUCACGGACGACACGUACCGCUUUGCGAAAGCGACAAAAGCCCUCGCAUCGCACCUCGACCGCCGCGACGAAGGCGUCGAGAGCAAGAACGACGGCGAUGUCGACGCGCUCGACAGAGUCCUCUUCCCGUGUCUCCGCACGCUCAUGGCCCGCCACACAACGUCGUGGGCCAAGACGGCGGUCGAGCUGGUCAUGCACCGGCUCACGGCGACGCGCCUCACGUUUCCCGAGGCCUACCGCAACGAGAUUGACCUCUGGACGCAGACGAUCCACCAGCGCAAGCACGCGCCCGUGGAUAAGAUUAGCGCGGCCGCCGAGAUGCGCAAGAACAUCAUCAUUUACAACGAGACGCAGACCGGCAACAAGGUCGGUCGAGUCAACCACCCGCUGCACAACAUCAACUAAUAUCAACUUGCCCACGACGCGUUUACA